UCCUGCCAGUCCUCUCAGAUCUGCCUGAUUAUUUAUUUGUCCAGCAGGGAUUUCUCCCCCCUCUCCUAAACUCCCUCCCCUCCCUCUUCCUUCUAUGCAGCCUUUGUCCCCCUCCCACCAGUUGAUUCCUGCUGUCAGUGUUAGGAGGUGAGAAGAGGGAAAGAGGCAAAACAGACGUUUCCUCGACAGAUCUGCAGUUUUCCUGGUGCAUCUUUGAAUCCGACGACUACAAUGUUGUGUUUGACCUCGGCUCGUGUUGGGCGUCUUUUGGCUCGACGUGCCGCAGCCGUGAGCAGCAGCAGCGUGAGGAUGGACAGCCACGACCACAGCAAGGUGUCAGAGAAAUUGGACAUGUCCAGGCCCAUGUACCGGGACCGUUUGGACACCCCGCUGCCGGACAAACCCUACAAAGAUGUCCUGACCGAAGCUGAGAAGAGCCUGAAGCAGAAGGAGAAAGGCCCCUGGUCCGAGCUGAGCAAGGAGGAGAAGAUCGCCUUGUACCGGCUCAUGUUCUGCCAGACGUACCCAGAGAUGAAGCAGCCGACGUCCGAGUGGAAAACUGUCUUCGGCGGCAUCUUCUUCGUCAUGGGCUUCACCGGCCUGAUGGUCUGGUGGGAGUCGAUCUACGUCUCCCCCCCACGCCCCAAGACCUUCGAAAGCGAGCAUCAGGCCAAGCAGCUCCAGAGGAUGCUGGACAUGAGGGUCAACCCCAUCCAGGGCUUCUCCGCCAAGUGGGACUACGAGAAGGGCCAGUGGAAGUAAACCCACCACUGGACUGGGUCUGUGGGGGGCACAGAGACUGGACCUCCUGGCCCCGGGGGAGGGUUUCACUCCACUCUGAUAGCUCAUUUACAGUCAGCCUCCUCUCCAAUCACUUGCAGCCUUCGGCCACUUGACCGCGUGGCCGUCCUCAUGUAA